ACAUGUCGUAGUUUAAAACGUAUCAUGAAUUGCAGAAAAAUGUACCGCUCUGUCCCAUUAAUGUCCGUCUUCCCUCUUGUGUCUGGCUCUACAAACUCACUCCUCUGCACUUGCAGCAGGAGAGGCAUCAUGAGUCUUCAAAAUUCUACACUCAAACCAAGUCUUAGUUUCCGAAUCUGCACCAUUUCUGGUUAUAAAACUGAGCUGCUCGAGAUUUUUCCUCAUGAUCCUAAAUUACAUGUUCUACUCAUUCCUGGGAAUCCAGGUGUUGUUUCUUUUUAUAAGGAUUUUUUAGAAUCAUUGUAUGACUUGCUUGGAGGAACUGCAUCUCUUACAGCUAUUGGGCAUAUAUCCCACACUAGAAAGAACUGGGAGCAUGGCCGGUUGUUUUCAUUGCAGCAACAAAUUGAUCACAAGGUGGAUUUCAUCAAACAAGAGCUACAAAAUACUGAAGUUCCUAUCGUACUGGUUGGACAUUCUAUUGGAUCAUACAUAGCCAUUGAAACACUUAGACGAUCUGCAAAGGUCCAAUAUUGUAUAGGACUCUAUCCUUUUUUAAUGUUGGACCCACAAUCAGAGAAGCAAACUGAUAUUCAGAAAGUUGCAGAGUCUUCAAUUCAGUCUGCUUUGAUUAGUUUUGCUGUAGCAUCAUUGGGACUGCUACCGCAAUUUGUUUUAAGAACUAUUGUGUCGAAAUCUAUUGGAAAGUCAUGGUCUGCUACUGCUGUUGACGCUGCUUGUAGUCACUUGCUAAAGUACCAUACAUUCCGGAACAUGAUCUUCAUGGCACUGACAGAAUUCAGAAAGCUUUCGGAAACGCCAGAUUGGGUAUUCAUGAGAACUAACGAAAGUAAAAUGGCAUUCUUGUUUGGAGUCGACGAUCAUUGGGGUCCUUUGGAAAUGUUUGAAGAGAUCGCGAAGCAAGCACCGGGUAUUGCUCUAUCCAUAGAAAGGGAAGGCCAUAUGCAUAGUUUUUGCUGCACUGAGGCUGGCUCGGUGUGGGUGGCUCAGCAUGUAGCAGAUCUGGUUAAGAAUCAAGUGUUAAGCUCAAAUCAAUGAAGUUAGACACCUUGCAGAUGCUGCACUUCAAGUCAUUGAUUCCAUUGGCGGAUUCAGAAUUUUUUUUACAAGGCGAAGAGAAAUGCACAUAAAACAGAAUUUUAAAGGUGGAUAAAAUUAUAUUAGUAAGAUAUAUAUUGACGGUUUUAAUUGAAAGUUUAAAUUCAUAUGGUGCAAAUCAUCUUUUGAUUUAUGCCGUGAACUCCAUCAUUACUGGAAAAUUUGGACAUUUUUGAUGAAAUUGUUUGUUGCUUUAUUUCAUAAUGACAGUGGCUAGAAUUCUAAAUA